AAACAAGAAGCGCACAAUAUCAUGUGAGCCAGAAAAGCCCAACACACUCUCUCUCCCUCUCCCGUUUCUCAAACGACACCGUUUCACCCAUCUCAAACCAAAACCUCCUUCUCCCUCCAUUCAUUAUCACAGCCCAAGACCAAAACCAAAAGCCACAGCGAGAAAUGAUAACAAUAAAAGCCAUAAAGCUCCUUUUAUUUAUUUGCAUUUAAUUAUUUAUAUUCCAUUCCGUAAAACUUUAUCAUUUCAAAUUUUGAAGAGACUCAAUCUGAGAACAGAAAGAAAAAGCAAAACGUGAUUGCGUGAGAAGCAAUGGCAGAGCAAAGGAACCGGUGGAGCUGGGACGUCGCCGGCUUCGACCCGUGGAAGUCGCCGCCGCCGCCGCCGCCGCAGUCCACGCCGGCGGUGGUUGAGCACGACGAUCGGAAAGUUAGUGCGCCGUUGGUGCGGAGGUACUCCAUUUCGGCUUCAUCGGUUCUUCCACAGUCCAGGCAAUUUAUGGCCUCCAAAGUUCAGCGGUUGAAGGACAAAGUCAAGCUUGUUAGAGAAGACUAUUUGCAAUUAAGACAAGAAGCAAGUGAACUUCAAGAAUAUUCAAAUGCAAAACUUGAUCGAGUUACACGAUAUCUUGGUGUUCUUGCAGAGAAAACCCGCAAGCUAGAUCAAGUUGCACUUGAAACGGAAGCAAGAAUAUCUCCAGUGAUCAAUGAGAAAAGAAGAUUAUUCAAUGAUUUAUUGACAUCUAAAGGAAACAUACGAUUAUUCUGCCGGACAAGGCCAUUAUUUGAUGAUGAAGGUCCUUCAGUUGUUGAAUUUCCAGAUGAUUAUACUAUUCGUGUUAGCACUGGUGAUGAAUCCUUGUCUAAUGCCAAGAAAGAUUUUGAAUUUGACCGAGUUUAUGGACCUCAUGUUGGUCAAGCUGAAUUAUUCAGUGAUGUUCAACCACUAGUGCAGUCAGCUUUGGAUGGAUAUAACGUUUCCAUAUUUGCAUAUGGACAAACCCAUUCUGGAAAGACACAUACUAUGGAAGGAUCAAGCUAUGACCGGGGGUUAUAUGCUCGCUGUUUUGAGGAGUUGUUUGAUUUAGCCAAUUUGGAUACAACCUCUACUUCGCAAUAUAAAUUCUGUGUUACAGUUUGUGAGUUGUAUAAUGAACAGACUAGGGAUUUACUUUUGGAGUCAGGGAAAAGCAUGCCUAAACUCUGCUUGGGAUCACCUGAAUGUUUCAUAGAACUGGUGCAGGAAAAAGUCGAUAACCCUCUCGAGUUUUCUGCAGUUUUAAAAACUGCAUUGCAGAGUCGGGGAAAUGAUUUAUUAAAGAAUAAUGUAUCUCAUUUGAUUGUCGUCGUACAUAUAUUUUAUAACAAUGUGAUCACUGGCGAAAACUCAUAUAGUAAACUCUAUCUGGUUGACUUGGCUGGAAGUGAAGGUAUGAUAACAGAAGAUGCUAGUGGUGAGCAUGUCACAGAUUUGCUGCACGUUAUGAAGUCACUUUCAGCGUUGGGAGAUGUUUUAUCUUCUUUAACAUCAAAGAAGGAUAUUAUUCCUUACGAAAAUUCGAUGUUAACAAAACUGCUUACAGAUUCACUUGGUGGGAGUUCAAAAACUCUGAUGAUUGUGAAUGUGUGUCCAAGUGUUUCAAAUUUAUCUGAGACUUUGUCAUCUCUCAAUUUCUCUGCUAGAGCUCGAAAUUCUGUAUUCAGCCUUGGAAACCGAGAUACAAUUAAGAAGUGGAGAGAUGUUGCAAAUGAUGCGCGAAAGGAGUUAUAUGAGAAGGAAAAAGAAAUUCUUGGUCUAAAGCAAGAGGUUCUGGAACUUAAGCAGGAACUUAAAGAUGCAAAUGAUCAGUGUGUUCUACUCUUCAAUGAAGUGCAGAAGGCAUGGAAAAUUUCUUCUGCAUUACAGACUGAUUUAAAGUUGGAGCAUGUUUUGCUGUCAGAUAAACAUAAGAUAGAGACAGAACAAAAUACUCAGCUUAGAAAUCAAGUUGCUCAACUUUUACGGACAGAGCAAGAUAAAAAAUUGCAGAUAGAACAGCAAGAUUCAACCAUCCAAAGUUUGCAGGCUGAAAUUAAAACCCUUGAAACUCAGCUCAAUGAAGCUAUUAAAUCUAGUGAAACUGGGUCAAUGCCAAAGUUUGCUGCUUUAUCCAAUUCUGGACCUACUGGAGAUGGCAUGGACUCUUCUGCAGUAACCAAAAAACUAGAAGAGGAGCUCAAGAAACGUGAUGCUCUGAUUGAGAGGUUGCAUGAGGAAAAUGAGAAAUUGUUUGAUAGAUUAACUCAGAAAGCGUCUAUGGCUGGAUCACCCCAGUUGUCGAGUCCAUUAUCUUGCGGAUCAGGUAAUGUUCAGCCUCGAGAUAUUGGAAGGAAUGGCACCAGCAACUAUACAAGUUCUCGUUCUAUGGAUGUUCUUCCUUCACCACUGGCCACUGAUAAGAAUGAUGGCACAGUUGCUGUAGUUAAAACUGGAUCUGAAAUAAUUAAGAGUACCCCUGCAGGUGAAUAUCUUACUGCUGCUCUAAAUGACUUUGAUCCAGAUCAAUACGAAGGGCAUGCUGCUAUUUCUGAUGGUGCAAACAAGCUUUUGAUGCUGGUUCUUGCUGCUGUCAUCAAAGCUGGUGCCUCUAGAGAACAUGAGAUACUUGCUGAAAUUAGGGAUUCUGUUUUCUCUUUUAUCAGAAAGAUGGAACCAAAACGAGUGAUGGACACAAUGCUUGUUUCCCGUGUUAGGAUUCUAUAUAUAAGAUCUUUGCUUGCAAGAUCCCCAGAGUUGCAAUCAAUUAAGGUUUUGCCAGUUGAGUGCUUUCUUGAGAAGGCUAAUACUGGGCGCAGUAGAAGUUCCAGCCGAGGGAGUAGUCCCGGUAGAUCUCUUGUGCAAUAUGUGGAUGAGCAGAUCCAGGGAUUUAAAGUGAAUCUAAAGCCAGAGAAGAAAUCCAAAUUUUCAUCUGUAGUGUUGAAGAUUCGUGGGAUUGAUCAGGACAUCUGGAGGCAACAGGUAACUGGUGGAAAGCUUAGGGAAAUAACUGAGGAGGCCAAAAGUUUUGCAAUUGGCAACAAGGCUCUUGCUGCACUUUUUGUACAUACUCCAGCAGGUGAGCUGCAGCGCCAAAUUAGAUCCUGGCUUGCAGAGAAUUUUGAGUUUCUAUCUUUAACUGGAGAUGAUGCUUCGGGUGGAUCAACUGGUCAGUUGGAACUUCUUUCAACUGCAAUUAUGGAUGGUUGGAUGGCCGGACUUGGUGCUGCUCUGCCACCCCACACUGAUGCCCUUGGCCAGCUAUUGUUUGAAUAUUCAAAACGUGUCUAUACUUCUCAACUACAACACUUGAAGGAUAUUGCUGGUACCUUGGCGACAGAGGAGGCUGAUGAUGCAGCACAUGUAGCAAAGUUACGUUCAGCUCUAGAAUCUGUUGAUCAUAAAAGAAGAAAGAUUCUGCAACAAAUGAGAAGUGAUAUAGCUUUAUUGACAUUAGAAAAUGGUGGUUCCCCUAUUCAAAAUCCUUCUACUGCAGCUGAAGAUUCACGAUUAGCAUCUCUUAUUUCACUUGAUGGCAUAUUGAAGCAAAUUAAGGAUAUAACAAAACAUUCUUCCGUCAAUGUCUUGAGCAGAAGUAAGAAAAAAACCAUGCUUGCUUCUCUUGAUGAACUAAAGGAACAGAUGCCUUCACUUCUUGAAAUUGAUCAUCCAUGUGCUCAGCGGCGCAUUGCAGAUGCUCGUCACAUGGUUGAGUCUAUUCCUGAAGAUGAUGAUCACAUUCAAGAUCUAUCUCAUGGUCAUAGGCCAUCGACAGAGAUGGGCUCUAGAUCUGAAAUUGAUGUGGCACAGUGGAAUGUGCUCCAAUUCAACACUGGCUCGACCUCACCAUUUAUAAUAAAAUGUGGUGCAAACUCUAAUUCAGAACUAGUCAUUAAAGCUGAUGCACGAGUUCAGGAGCCUAAAGGUGGUGAAAUUGUGAGGGUUGCCCCUAAACCCUCCGUUUUGGAAAAUAUGAGCUUGGAGGAAAUGAAACAAGUAUUUAGUGAACUGCCUGAGGCUCUAAGCUUGCUUGCUCUAGCAAGGACAGCAGAUGGCACUAGGGCACGGUAUUCUAGAUUAUAUAGGACCUUGGCUACGAAGGUUCCAUCACUUAGAGAUUUGGUCAGUGAGCUCGAAAAAGGGGGUGUACUCAAAGAUGUGAGAACAUAACCUUUGAAGGGCUAGAUGGUUGUUAACUAGUAUGUCCAGAGGUUGCUGUACUAAAUUGCUAAAGCUCUUUGGGAGUUGGGUUAGGUGGUUUUGCCUUUCUGUGGGCUUGCUUUAUUCUUGGGGAAGCAAAUUCCCUGUAUGUACAAUGUAUUCGUUACCCUGCUUGCACGCUAUUAUAUUUGUAUGUAGUAGCAAUUAUUUUAGUGUAGUUUCCUUGCAGUUUUGCUUGGUAUAGUGAACCCAUACACGUUUGCCAGCAGUUUAGCUCAAACAGGUGAACUAGUUGCAGCAUCCAUUUCAAUUCACAAAUCCCUUGGCAGUCAAAAUAUUAUUGAAAGUGGAAGAUGGUUCAGUUAGUAACAGUCAAUCAAUUUCCAACUUUGCAAAUGUUACAGUGAACAAAUUUUAGAACGUGUGCUUCUCUGUUAACUGAAUGCAAAAAACAAUAGUCUUUAACAUCGGCGUGUGUUUAGUUCAGCCUAUUUCAACUAAAUAAUUAUUUAUUUUGUCAACUUCAAAAUAGAUUAUUAAGAGAGAUUUUAAAAUAUUAGAGACUUUUUAGCGGUGUCGUGUUAAAUGGGUCAAAAAAUAAAUAAAAAAAUGGAUUAAAGUGGUCAGAUGUGGGUUACAAAAUUCAAAAUGUGUGCUAUAGAUUAAAAUGGAUUAAAAAUAGAUUUACUCCAUGUAGUCAAGUGUUGCUACGUUGGGUUUAAUCAUAAAUGGGACGUUGACCCCAAAAGAAUCAUAAAUCGGACUACUUUUAUUGUGUAUCGUUAAAAUGGAAUGAUUUAUUUUAAAACGUGUGCUAUGUGGUACUUGAUUCAAAUGUGAAAGGAAUACUAUACAAAAUGGAAAGUAGAGGUAUGUAGCGAAGGCAUGAUUUCCAAGCAAAUUAAUUGAAAACGAAAAUUGUUAUUCAAGUUUUAAAAAUCACUAACAUGUUUUCCUGAUUGACAAUCUAUAGUACAGUGAUCCGCGUAUUAUUAGUGUCUUGAAACUUCGGAUCUACGCAUGCACAAUUUUUACAUUUACAUCAAAACGAUUAUAACUAUUAUUUAUGCUAUUUUAUUUUUAAAUUCUAUUGUUCUGCUUUAUGUAUCUAAAAUCUCUUAAUUAAGCCUAAUUGUUACUUGUGUCAAUUUAAACAUUAAUUUGUAUCUCGUUCGCUAUUUGUUUGUUUGAUUGCUUGUGUGAAAAAUUCUACUUCACCCUGAGAAUUUUAUUUUAUAAUGGAGUAUGACCUUGAUCUUAGCUAAUAUAGUAUAUAAUAGUGAUAUCUAAAUUUUAGCUCAAGUUAUUUGCAAACGUUUUAAUGUACUUUAUUUAUAGUAAGUUUCAUUUCUAUAACAUUAGUGGUUUUGCAAUGUUGGAUGGGAUUAUUUAAUGGUUUCCAGAUAGAUGGCUAUAGAGUCAGGAGUAAAGGCAAAUGUAGAAGAAGUGCUAAGCUUGAUUAGUUUAAAUGUUCAGGAGUUCAUCCUGAUAUGACAAAGGCUAUUCAGGCAAUGCAAGAGAUAGUUGGUGUUAUAGCUCAAAUCCUACAAAGAAUGAAGGAGUAUAGAGAAGAAGUUGAGAACAGAGUAUUGGGCCUUAUUUGAUUUCAAAAACAAUAAUUCCUUUUAGUUUCAAGGAAAAUGUAAUUCAAAAAGGGCUUAGUUCUGGGAAAAUUAUUUUCUGACCUAGAAUAUUCUCAUAAGUCUAAUAAUAGCAAUAGUCUUGACACAAGUAUUUGCAUUGAUAAUGAUUAAUUUGAUAAAUUUUUUAUUUAUUUUAACUCACCAUUUAUCUGAUUUGAUAUAAUAAUUUGUUUAUAAUAAUCUUAAGAGACUAAAAGUCUAAGUUUUAAUGAAUAAUUUUUUUUUAAGAUGAAAUAUUUGGUAUUACUAAUCUAUUUUUAUUUUAGACAAGUUUGUAAGACAACACAACUAAACAAUUAACAAAGAUCUCAUUGUUUGUUACACGAUAAAUUAUUAUUAUAUAAGACAUUUCGAAAGAUGAUACAAAUAACAAGAUAGAUUUAAAAUACAAAGACUAAAUCAAAAUUAAAUAUGUUCAAGGAGAAAGCUACUAGUACAAAGCUCAGAAGCUUUUAAAGAAAGGAUGCACUAAAACAUGAAGAGUUGACCGUGAACAAAGAACCUUAGUCAAGCAAACACUACAUUUAUUUAUAAAAAAAAUACAUUUUUUGUUCUUGUCCUUUCG